CGCGCGUGUGCGUCUGUGCGCGCGCUCUAAAGCAGCCUUUCCCCAGAGCGCGUGUUAUUAUGAUCAGAGUUGAUCUGCAGGAAUUAUGGCUUCACUUCACUGCUCCUGUCUCCUCUUACUCUGUGCUUCUCUGGGGUUUUGCCACACGGUGUUUAGCACAGAUGGAGAGCAGCCUCAGCGUAAGAUCUUCCAUCACUGGUGUGCCCUGAAGAAGGACGAAGGGCCGUGCAAGGCCAUAAAGGACAGAUUCUACUUCAACAUCGAGAUGUUCCGCUGCGAGCCUUUCGAGUACGGAGGCUGUCAGGGCAACGAGAACAAUUUCGAGACCAUGGAAGAAUGUGAAGAAACGUGUCUAGUGAAAGCCAGUAAGAGUCCGUGUCAUCUCGGGGACGAGCCGGGCCCGUGCCGAGCCCUCGUACCUCGCUACUUCUUUGACAGCAAGGUGAACGAGUGCAGACGCUUCUUCUACGGCGGCUGCUUCGGAAACGCUAACAACUUCAAGACCCUUAAGGAAUGCAAGGACCGAUGCCAGCCAGGUAACGACACCGAGGAACCACAAAACGGUCCGAAGGCUGAAGAGAAGAUAGAAUCGUACGGCCAGCCGGUCGUUAUGAGUGGUACAGACGUUCACACCGAGAUUUCGUCUCACACACAGCCUCUGAAGCUGCCGAUGCCGGAGUCCAACAUGGAACCAGUAUUUGUUGCUCCUGAAUACUGUCUGAGUUUUUCCGACAAGGGCGAAUGCGACGGCACGGAGAGGAGAUUUUUCUACAACUCCAGAACUAGCCGCUGUCACGCCUUCCACUACAGCGGCUGCGGAGGGAACAAGAACAACUUUGUCCACAAGAGGAUGUGCAUGAAAACCUGCAUGAAAGAUUACAGGAGAAACGGCAGAAUACGAAUAAAGACCAAGAACUCCCACAUCUUAUUCCGCUCCAUCUGAGUCCCCUGAAUCCCGCCCGUACAUUUUCUGUUUACUGUGUAAUAUUAGUAUUAUAUAGAUCCAUAUCAAGUACAUACUUUGUUAUCCUACUGUAUGCUAUGUAUGUGUAUAUUUCUAGUAAUACUUAACAACCAUUUAAAACGUAACCUUAAGUGCCUUUUUUUUAUUCCAAUAUUCAAGAAGCCAAUUUUUUCUGCACAUAUUUGAGAUUUUUUGUUGUUCAUUUCAAAAGGUUGAGUUCAAAUCCCAGGACUGUCAGAGAGCCAACAUUGAGCAUUGAGCCAUCGGCCACAGCUUUUAAGCCUCAUCUGGAGUAAAGCAUCUCAUAAACAAUAACUGCGUUUAGGGACAAACAUCAGGAUUUAGAGUGAAGCCAAAAUGUCACUGACAAAAAGAAAGCACGCCUCUUUAGUUUAAAAUGAUGAUGGAUACACGCUCGAACUAAGACACAAAAAGUUCACACAGCUUCUGACUAUCCCUUAUGAUCGAUGACACUAUGAGAAGACAGUUUACACACACGUCGUUUACAGAAACACAUUUUGGUACGCUUUGAAAUUUUGCACUUUGAAAGCGAAGAAGAAAAUGCAAGUCUGAUAAGUCUGACUCGGCAUCUUAACGAAUCACUUUUGGUACUCGAGUUCUGUCAUUCUUACAUGUCCUGCAUCAACCUUAGUGUUUUUCUUAACAAAAAAUGCAUUUAACUUUCUGUAAGUUAUUUGAUGAUUAAAAACGACUUAGUUGAUUGACAUUUCUGUGGAGGCAACACGGUCUAGACUUCCAACACACACCUGAGGCCCGGCUUUGACUUAAAAACAAAGCGAUGGCAUGAACCAGGUCAGCUAACUCAAGAUAAAUUUCCUAACGAUUGACUGUAAGUUAACUUUCCGAUCCUGAUGAAUAACUUACAGCAGGCCUCAGAGGUCCGGAGAGCAUCGUAUGCAGAAAUAUAUUGUUUUAAGUAUAAAUAUCGACUACUGUUUACUAGUAUAUUUUCAUUACAGUACAUCAGCUUCUUAUAGUUACAAUUCUGCGAUUAGCUUGAUGGAUUAGCUAACAUCCACUAGGGAUAACCAGGGACAGGGGUUGCAAAUAAGUCAUGGCUAUAAACCUGUAUGCAUGACAUCUACUUUGUAUUUUAUAAAGCAAUGUUUUAUGCAUUUGUCCCUGUCAAAUAAACAACAAUAAUAAUAACUAACUAGCUAUUAAAACGUGGCAGCACGUCUUCUCUCCAACACCUCCAAACGCUCACACAUCCCCCCUGUCGUCCACUCGCUUCACUGGCUUCCGGUGCGGUUUAGGGUGGAGUAUAAGGUCCUUCUCUUUGUGUUUAAGGCCAUCAAUGAUCUGGCCCCGGCCUAACUCACAGAAUUAAUAAAGGUCUACCAACCAGUCAGAUCUCUCUGCUCCUCUGGACCUCUCUGGUCACUCCCAAAUACAAAUAUGAGAAGUUUGGAGGCCGGUCAUUUGCCAUCAAGGGACCAAAGCUGUGGAACACACUUCCAGCACACUUACAAUCCAUCACUGUGCUGAGUGUCGCAGUUGAAAACUCAUUUAUUCACACAAGCUUUUAACAUGUAGACCCUGUUUCAACUGCUAUUUUAUGUUCAUUGUGUUCUUAUUGAUUUUAUUUUUUAUUGUUGUUUCACCUUGUGCUCCUUUUGGCUGUUGUAAGUGCUCUAUAAAUAAAAUUUGAUUGAUUGAUUGAUUGAUAGCUAAAAUCUAGCUUCAGUUUUGACCUGAGCAAACUCGGUCAAGGCGGAAAAUUUAAACCGAGCCAGAUUUAAAGCUAAAGAACUUUACUAUUCCUAGAACAAUUACUCAUCGAUACAGUCAUUGCUAUGAAAUGAAUCAGUGUAGAUUUCAGUAGUAUAUCUGUGGUGUACACGUGACAAAAACAUGCACAAGGUACACCGCUUUAUUCUCUAUUCACUGUUUCUGUGUAUAUACGGUAUAUUCCUUUUGCUUACUCAUGGUCAAAUAAAAAAUUUGUGUGGUC